AUGAGUUUACUAUAUAAGACUUUACGGGCCCGUUUUGCUCUCAUUUCGAAUUACGCUAAGCUGUACACAAUUAGUUCUCAAAUUGUGGUGGUGUUGUGUGUUGUUUAUAGUGUAAAAACACAAAAAUAACAUCUUUCUUUAAUAAACUAAAACAUGAAAUCGAUAUUACUGGUCGUCGUGGCAUUCCUUUCAAAUGCACUCGCUUAUCACGAUCCUGACCUCAACUAUCAUUUGAGCCAAGUACAGAACAUACAAGGAUGUGGUGACGCUGGCUACUCUUACCCCGCUCCUGCUGUCCAGCUCUCUGCAGAUGUCAAAGCACCUUUAAUCCAGUCAGCCAUAUCUUCUAGCGCAUAUAAAAGUUCAGGUGGAUACGAGCAAAACGUUCUGUUCCAAGCUGCAGCGCCCAAACUUACGUACCAAGCUCCAGCUACAGGAUAUCUGCCGCAACCAGCCCCAACUUACCUCCCGCAACCGGCUGUCUCGUAUUUACCCCAACAGUCAGUCACAUACCAAGCGCCUCAGACCUUUGGUGCCACUGGAUAUUCCUCUCAAAGCGGACAACACGGUUACGCAACCACAGCUGGGUUAUCAACCGCUUCGACUACUAGAACAGUGAUCCCUCAAAGCCACUACGCCCAAGCUCCGAUAAUUGCCAAAGUAACUGCUGCACCUUUGCAGGCCAAGUUCGCUUUAGCUCCACCAAGACUAUAUUCAUCCCAGAAUGUUCUGUCCCAACAAUCUUUAUACACAUCCGGUUCCUCGGCCAAAGCGUCUCUGAACACUUAUUCAUCAUCAGGAGGACCAGUCGUAUCUCAAGUAUACGCAGCACCAUCCACCGGUUACGCUACAUCAUCAGCGCUGAAAUGGCAACCGCAAGCCCAGUUAGCUGUCCCUGCAUACUCUUCUGCUAGUUACAAUCAAGCAUCGGUAGCUAACAUCGCAGCUGUUGCGCCAGUUGCCUCUCAAUACACCACAUCUACUGUAUCCCACGUGGCGCCUGUUUCUCAGUACACUGCUCCAGUUGUGAAUUACGCUGCUCCAGUAGUGUCUCAAUAUUCUGCGCCGUCUGUGUCGUCAGCGCGACUUGUUCAGUACUCCGCCCCAGUAGCCCAAAAGGCUGUGUCUGUCGCUACUCAGUACGCAGCACCUACAGUGACGCAAUACGCCGCACCAGUAGCGCAGUACUCAGUGCCAGCGGUGUCCCAGCAGACAGCCCACAGCGUACAAUACUCCGCACCUGUAGCCCAGUACUCAGUGCCAGCGGUAUCCCACAAUGUGCAGUACAGUGCGCCCGUCGUCCAGUCCACUGUAUCACAUGUCGCGGCUCCAACGGUCGCAGUAGCACCUGUGGCCCGAGUAACCACCGGCUCACAUGUCAAAAACGUGCACACGGAGUUUUUGGAAAAUUACGAUGCUCACCCUCGCUACGCAUUCGAGUACCAUGUAAAUGACCCUCACACCGGUGACAUCAAGCAACAGAAAGAACAACGCGACGGCGACGUUGUGAAAGGUCAGUACUCAUUGGUGGAACCGGACGGCUCUGUGCGGACGGUGGACUAUAUCGCCGAUUGGGAGACCGGUUUCCACGCGAACGUUCACAAUAGCAAAGACAACCAGCACUAAUAUAGUUUAAACUUUUAAGGCUAUAUUCAAACGGCGAAGUCUCCCCAAAUAAAAGAGAUGACAGAUGCCCUCACGAACAUGAGUGUUCUCAAGUACCUACCUAUCUAUAUGAGCAGUGCGACGAACUUCUCUAAAGGUCGCUCUCUAAAUUGACGGUAAAUUAUUCUCACGUUUCUGAAAAGCAAACGGUACCCACGCGGCAUACUAUACAAGUCAUGUACGCUGUGACCAACACACGAUCAAUUAUAGUCGUGGGUGCUACAGAAACGUGAGAAUAAUUGACCGUUUGUGGCUAGCAUAAGGAAUGUAUGCUUACUUACCAACCUAUUGAUUUCAUCCGAAUGUUAAGCCUUUCGAAAAAGCUCAUUAUAGUCACUAGUCAGAGAGCUGAUAGACACUUUUGGUAGAGGAUUUUUUAUAUUUUGUAAAUUAUCGUUAACGUUGUAGGUACCUAUGAGAAUACUUUCGCCGUUUGAACGUAGCCUAAUACAACUGAACUACGAUUGCCUUAAACGAUGUGUAAAUGAAGCCGAAACCAGUAGUUUGCAACGUUUUUCCCACCAGAUAAACUACUUUUUACAUUGCAUUUGAGUGCAUUACUUAUGUGGCUUACUUACGAAUUUAAAAACCUUGACUUUAUUAAGCAUUCGCGAUUUUGUCUAUAUUCGAAGAAGGGUAUGAAAGUUAGCUAUAAGUCAUUGUUUUUUGUUAUUCGAGCUAAAUUGUUGUUUGACGCGAAUGCGCAAAUCGCCCGAGCAAGCGAAAAAUUCUAAGAUUGAACCGAGCAAAGCGAAGAAUAAAAAAAAAUACUGAGCAUCGUGAGGAAUUUAAUGCACAAGAGACUAGGUAAAUAGAGCUUCUGUGCAAUACAAUAUUUUUCAUAAUAAUGAAAUAUAAUCGGGUAAACGUGAUUGCCCGACUAGUAAAUUCGGCAAUAGUCAAAUUUAUACGGGACCCUGAACUAUGAGCUUGUUCAUGCAACGCAGCGUGAGCCAAACAAUAUUUUGCAUCUCACUGCAGUGAGAAAACUAAAAUAAACAAAAUGCAAUGUGAACUGAAGAUUGUCUGCAGGUACCUAUUUAUAGAAGACGCAGUUAGUUUAAUUGCUGUUAAAAUGUAGAUGUUGAUGUAUGUUUAGCUGAAGUAGAAGCUUCAUAGGAUUUAAAUGGCACACAGGGGAUUUUUUUUGGCAUAGAAAAGUAAGAGAAUAAGGGCCCGCGACCCUCACAUUAUUUCAAAUCGGACCUGUAGUUCCUGAGAAUAGCGCAUUCAAGCAAACAAACAAACUUUUCAGCUUUAUAAUAUUAGUAUAGAUACAAUCUUUACAAAUAACGAAAACCUUAGAACGCGGUUGUAAAUUUAAAAAAA